GAUAUUGUUUUGAUAUAUCAAAUUUUUAUAUCAUUUAUCUAUUUAGAUUAUAUUUAAUUUUAUAGUUAAAGAGUAGUGUUACAAAAAAAAUAAAAAAAUUAAAGGAGAUACGAGUAGAAUAUUGUUACACAAACUAAUAGUCUAAUAGAUUGCCCCUUUAUGCAUUUUGCAGCCAUAGAGUGAGAUGAACCCUUCUGCUCCUCCCUUCCAGCCGCCUCCCGCCGGCGGCUUUCCUCUUCUGCCGCCAGCACUGCCUUCCUCUACUGGAUUUCUCCCGCCGCCGGGAACCACCAAUUCCGCGCCUCGCCCUCUGUUCCCUCCCGGCUUUCACUUCCCUCCCCCAACCACCACAACAACCGCCGAGGCAUCUGAUAUCCCCACUGCUCUCUCCGCCCUCACUUCGCUUCUGCUCCUAUCUCAAAACUCUCUCGAUUCACUCUCCGGUAUUCUUCCGACGGCUUCUCCCUCUCCCACUGCUCUUAUCCCUUGUCCUUUCAACCCCACUCACCGCCUCCCCCCUCCCUCUCUGUUCAACCACAGCCUCCACUGCAUUCCUUCCUCAUCAUCUGCUGAAUUGGAUUCUCUAAUCCAGUAUUGUAGCUACCCUCACAACCUCCACUCAUCUGCAGAGGGAAAGGAUAUCCUUUUCAAUCAGUCCCUCAAUGACCCCGAAGUAGAACUAUGCUUCUCUCUGGAAAGCUACUCCGGUUUUGAUCGGAAUGGUUUCUUAUACUCGGAUUGUCCUGAAGUUGUAAGCUUCCCUCUUAAGGACCCCUCCCCUCCAAUGCUUACUUUGCCUAGUUUCUUAUUGUCCCAGUGUUCGAAUUUCAUUAGAAAUAGUAAUGUUGAUCCAAAAGAGUUUCCUGUUGGCUGUAUAGAGCUUCUUCCUUCUGAGAUAUAUUCCAUUAGGGUUGAAGUUGAGUCCUGGAAUGAUUAUCCGUGCAGCUAUUCUUACAGAGUUCUCCGGGCUAUGCUUCGGCUAGAAACAAGCAGGAUCUGCUCUUUGCCGACAUGGGUGAUUGCCAAUUCACCUAAAUUUGGUAUUGUUAUUGAUUCUGCAAUGAGCAGUCAUAUAGUUCUUUUGUUUAAGCUGUGUUUGAAAGCUAUGACUAGCGAAGCUAUUGGGUUAGUUAAUGCACAUUUGAAACUAGAGGGAAAUAAGGAAUCCGUUUCGAGUGAAUAUACGUAUGAAUGCCCAAUCUUAGCUAGAGUAUUGAUGUGGUUAGCCUCUCAACUGUCAAUAUUGUAUGGUGAAACUAGUGGUAAGUUAUUUGCAAUUAACAUUCUAAGACAAUGCAUCUUGGAUGAUGCAUUGAAGGACUCUUUGUUUACUGGACUUCAACAAGCUACACAAUUGCCUAAAUUUAAAGAUGUAGACACAGUUAGUGAGGAACCAGUUAUAGGUAGUAAGCCAUCUGGAAGUAGAAAAGAAAACAAGGGGAGCGGUGUAGAAUCUGGAACACUCAGCAAAAGCAUGGUUUCUGUUUCUCAAGUAGCAGCGGCAGUUGCUGCAUUGCACGAAAGAUCAAUGCUUGAAGAGAAGAUCAGAGCACUGCAGAAUGUGCGUCAACUUUCUGCACCCCAAAGAAAUGCUGAACACGAAUAUAGGAAAAAGAGUGCUGAUGAGGAAAGGCAGAAACGGCCCAGCUAUAAAGCUUUAAUGGAUCAUGAUGGGCUUCAUUGGCAGCGGUCACAUAACCAGGAAACAAAUAAAAUGAAGACAAGGGAGGAAUUGUUAGCUGAGGAAAGGGAUUAUAAGCGCAGAAGGAUGUCAUAUCGAGGCAAGAAGUUGAAGCGAUCAAUAACCCAGGUGAUGAGGGAUGUAAUAGAGGAAUACAUGGAGAUUAUUAAGCAAACUGGGGGAGUGGAAAACUUAACAAAAGGAGAAGAAACAUACAAUGAUGCAAAGUCCAAUAAGAGUCAAUUGGAAUCAUCUUUAACAAAGGAACAUACACAUCAGUACACGAAAGACUCACAUUCUCUUCGGGAAGCCCAAUCAUCAGACUUCAGAGAUGGGUCUUCAAAAGAGAAAACUCAAGAUAGAUGUAACUACUCUCAAAUCACUGUGGAUGCAGAUAGAAGUGCUGGGAGAAAUCGGCUUAGCAGGCUGGAUUGUUCUAGAAGCCCAGAUAGAAGCACUAAUAUAAGCAAACACACAGGUUUGAGAAGGAGACAAGGUGAUCGAGAAGCACAUGAAGAAGGUUUUCAUCACAGUUCCAGUAGAAAACACCAGAAAUCAUAUGAUAGGAGUAUUCACAAAGAGCGAGUUGACCAUAGAAGACGGAGGAAAACGGAAGCAUACAAUGAUCAUACUUCAGUUUCUACACCGCGCAAUGAGUUUGAUGACAGAUAUGAUCCUUCAGAAUCUCGUGAUAGUCUAUGAAGACAAAAUCCAACUGUCAUGGUAAACUGAGUAGCUCAGAUCCUUUGCUGUUAUGAUUGGGCAUGGUUUCCACAAAUGGUUAUGAUUAUGGCUGUUAGACAUAAGGAUUUUUCUUGCUGUGGUAACUGUAGAAGUGAAACAGGUCUCUGCAGUUUGUCUACAUCUGUAUCCUCCUCUGUAUCCUUUUAAUGUUUAUUUGAGAAGUAAUAACUCUAUUACAACGUACUAUCUGUUCAUACAUACUUUCUCAACAUAUCUAAGCACAUAGAAUUGUUUUUUAGUUAAAUACAUAGAGUUACUUCCUCCACUGAGGUUCGAACUCGUGACCUCCCAUUUGGGAAAGCAAUGUUCAUGCCGCUGGACCACAAGAAGGCUUGAAUCAUUUCUUAAUGGUUUUCACUUGCUUUUACUGAUUUAGAAUCUGUUACUGCAUAGUUUCACAUGGGAAGCAUUGUGCAUUUUAUUUCCAGGGAGUCCUACUUGAUUCAAGACAUCAUAAAGAUCACACCACUGGUUUGGGUGUUCUACAACCUUUAACUUUUAGCAAUGACUUGUAUGAUAUGUUCCACAAGAAUGUGUUUAGUUGUGGAUAACCCACUUGGGAUUCAUACUCACCAGCUGACUUGUUGAAUGGGAUUAUU